AUGAACGAAAUAAACAAUCGAAAACCGUGCAGCACUGUUAAGGGCGGUCGACAACCCGAACUCGGAUCGGAGAACGAGAUCUCGUCACUCCAACAGAGACGCAAUCGGGUCGCGGCGCCUUCUUUUAUAGUGAAAGUGCUCGCUGACGUCAUCACAAGCUCCAUCCUUUGCCGACCCCGUGCAGUCUGCUGGCUCCUUCGCAGUAGGGUAGAGACCUCCCUCGAGGCCACGUGCGUUGCGAGGCUGAUGAUGAGUGCCGCUCUCGUCUUCGCGUCCGUCGUCCUCGUUUAUCUCCUUCACCUUUUCGUGAAGAAACUUCUGCUUUGGUCCAAACUUCCACCAGGGAUCUUAAGCUCGGAGGGAAGCCUGUGGCAAGAGAACCGGCGCUUCACCAUGCGGGUUUUGAGGGAUUUUGGAUUCGGGAAAGCAGACGCCUUGAAUUCCAUGAUUCAAGACGCAGCACUCGAUCUCUGCCAAUUCCUCAAGGAAAAUCAGCACAAACCACAAGACCUCGGCCCCCGUCUCAAUCUUGCCAUUCUCAACAUCAUAUGGAAAAUGACCGCCGACAAGCAAUUUUCCCACGAUGACCCGAAGAUGCAGGACUUCAUAAACAAAUUCAAUGAGGUUCUGAUCGAUUCCAACGUCCUCGGGCCCUUUCAAUGGGUCCCUGCGCUCAUCUACUUCUGGCCGCCUGCGCACAGAGCAUGUCAACGCAUAGAUCGCAACAUGGCCGCCAUUUCCCAAAUAUAUUUGGAGGAGGUGAACGUGCACAAGAGGAACCUGUCUUCGUUCGGGAGUUCCAAGGAUUACAUCGACGCCUACCUCACCGAAAUGGAACAACAAAAGUCUCGAGGAGAAAUCAAUCCCAAUUUCUCAGAAUUCCAAUUACGAGUGAAUAUCUCGGAUCUGUUCCUCGCCGGAAGCGAGACGACUUCCAAUACCAUCCGUUGGUGCGUCCUUUUUCUCCUCUGUCAUCCUGAAAUUCAGGAGAAACUUCAGGCUGAAGUUGACGACGUCGUCGGGCGCGACAGACUUCCUUCUCUCAACGAUCGAGACAGGAUGCCGAACACAGAAGCCUUCAUAAUGGAAGCACAGCGCCUGGCGCGGUUAACCCCCAUCGGAGUGGGUCAUGCGGCCACCGACGAUAUCGACUUCGCGGGCUAUCGAUUCCCAAAGGGGACGGUGUUUCUGGCGAACCUUUGGUCUUGUCACUCGGAUCCCAAGUACUGGCCGGACCCCGAAAAGUUUGAUCCCGGAAGAUUUCUGAAUCCGGACGGGUCCUUGAAGACAAAAGUUCCCAGCUUCCUCCCCUUUGCCCUCGGGAAGCGUCAAUGUCUGGGCGAAUCCUUGGCACGCAUGGAGCUCUUCUUGAUUCUGGCCAUCUUCAUGCAGAAACUGACAUUUCGCACCACGACGGGACGCCCCCACCCCAAAGCCGAGCCCAUCGACAGCUUCGUCAUCAACCAUCCCAAACCCUUCGAAUUCCUCGUCGAGGAGAGGAAGCAUUAG